UUUGUUGAGGCACGCUUGACGCCAUAUGUGUCGCGACUGUCUGGACUGCGGUUUCCAAUGCCGUCAUCUUCCUGAUAGCACUCUCGCAAUGGAGAUUGCACGCUGCCGCGACAGCCCGAUACGCUCCACCCGUGCCAGUGACAUGGUUGCCGUCAUCCGUCAUGCACUGGUCUACGAGGCGUAAUCCAACAACAACGAUCGGCGAGGCAAUGGCAGAAUCUGCCUACAGCCAUCUACCUGUCCGUAUGCUUAUAUUCGCACACGCGUGCUUUUGGAUUGGUAGAGUCGUCGACCUUGAAAUCAAUUCCUUUCGCCUACCCCUCGUUCUGUAAGCUGUGAACACAUCAUUGAACAUCUGGCCCGCGUUCAAGAUGGCAGGCAAGUGGUCACCACCAGCCAACUGCUCCGAGAGGCCCGUCUGUGUUCUAGGCGGAGGCGUGCUCGGUCGCCGCAUAGCUGCCUGCUUCGUCGCGGCCGGCUACCAUGUUCGCAUCCGUGACCCCUCCGCGAAGUCGAGGGAUGCUGCGGCGCAGUACAUUAAGGAGAAUCUGUCCUCCUUCACUGCCAUUUUGCCCCAGCCCGCCAAGAGGCAAGGGUCUUGCGAAACCACUGACGACCUUGCUGCCGCGGUGAAGGACUGUUGGAUUGUCUUCGAGGCGGUGCCAGAGGUAUUACCGAUCAAGGAGAGCACUUUCGCAGACCUGGAGCAACACGCUCCGCCUGACUGUCUUCUGGCUACGAACAGCUCUUCGUUCAAAUCCGGCGACCUGUUGUCAAAGGUCAAGGAUGUCACGAAGGCGCGGGUGUUGAAUACGCAUUACAUGAUGCCUCCCCAGAAUGUGAUCGUUGAGCUGAUGACUAGCGGGCAUACUGAUCCGGAGAUAUUCCCAUUCGUAGAGGCACGACACAGAGAAGCGGGUCUUCAUCCCGUCACAGCCCUGAAGGAGUCUUCCGGUUUCAUAUUCAACCGCAUCUGGGCUGCGAUCAAGCGCGAAUGCUUGUCUGUGCUUGCCGAGGGCGUCUCUACCCCAGAAGUAAUAGACAGUAUCUGGAAAGAACAGUAUGGUAGUAGAGUGGGGCCGUGUGAGAUGAUGGAUAGCGUGGGCCUCGACACCGUGGAGCAUAUCGAGCAACAUUACGUUGACGAACGUGGCCUCUCGCCCAAACCAUUGCAGUGGCUACAGAAUAACUUCAUCAAGCAGGGGAAGCUUGGACAGAAGAGUGACGAAGGCGGGUUGUAUCCUCCUCCUACUCCUGGCAAGCGGACCAAACUCAUCUUCCUCAACACCGGUUUGAGCGAGCCUCUUGGCGACAAACCCAUGGCGCAGAUCAUGAAACGAGGCCAGAUUUUACAGAUGAUCGCGGAAGAUCGCGCUAGCAGACCAAUCGCACUUGUCGAAAAUCAGGCCCUUCCGGACGGCAUUGAUGUGUGCGAUGGCAGGAUGUACUGGACAUGUAUGGGCAUUCCGGCCGAGAAUGACGGCACCGUUCAGUCUGCUAAGCUCGACGGCAGCGACAUCAAGACCGUCAUCCCUUCGGGCCAAGUCCAUACGCCCAAGCAGUUGCAUAUCGAUCAAGUGUCCAAGAAGUUAUACUUCUGCGAUCGGGAGGGGCUGAGAGUAAUGCGGUGUAAUCUGGACGGCUCCGAACACGAGGUUAUUGUCCAGACCGGAGACUGGAAGUCGGAACCGGACAAAGCGAAGGUUCAGCACAACUGGCCGGUUGGCAUUACCGUAUCCCGAAAGCUCAACAAGUUCAUGUGGACGCAGAAGGGAGGCUCGAAAGCCUCGGAUGGUUGGAUCUACUCGGCAGGUCUAGAAAUGCCCCAAGGUAGUACCGCUUCCAACCGGCAGGAUAUCGAAGUCAUACAGAAAGGAUUACCUGAAUGCAUCGACCUUGAGAUGGAAGAUGACUCGGGUGUGUUGUACUGGUCGGACCGCGGUGAACUGCCGUUGGGGAACACUUUGAACAAGAAGCAGAUCAUUGGCGAAGCGCCGGCGGCCGAGAAGGCGCUCGGUCGUCAGAUCAUUGCACAAGGUCUCGGUGAAGGCAUCGGGUUGAAGUUUGACCGGGCGGAAAACUGUUUGUAUGUUGCUGACAUGGCCGGCCGGCUGUGGAAAUGCAAUCCGGAUGGAGGGUUGAAGGAGAAGAUCUUCGAAGGUGCCACACACGCUUACACGGGUUUGUCCUUCGUUAAGGUGUGAUGGUCGUCAUAAUCUACACUACAAUUAUAGACAUAAAAGCAUAACGUCCAUUAAGACAUAUACUCAUAGGUGGCUACCUUGUCAACACCGCACUGCAUCUCAUGCCUGCUUCACUGGCUUCACCAUGCGUAGUAGUGAAGGGAUCCGUUGUCUUUUGCUCAGUCCCACUCUAAGUGGCACCCUCGACGAGCUCUUAAUUGGUGAAUGAGAUGUUGGACUUGACUUCGGCGGCUCAUUCGCAGGAAUCAGGUCUUUAGCCGAAGGCAUCGGCUUCUCCGGCGAAGGUGUUGGCUCUUGUGUCGGUGGUCCAGUUGGUUUAGGAGUUGAGACGGCGAU